UUCGCGGCGGGGGUGUCUGCGAUAAAUGAAGGAAUAAAAUAGAUCACCAUCGACCAUUUUCUACACAAGCGGGGAAUACCCCGGGACUCUUUUUGACAAAGGUUACGAGAGAAUGGCGGCUAACAUGUACCGAGUGGGAGAUUAUGUGUACUUUGAGAACUCCUCAAGCAACCCUUACCUGAUCCGCAGAAUCGAAGAGCUCAACAAGACAGCCAAUGGAAAUGUGGAGGCAAAGGUGGUGUGUCUGUUCAGGAGGCGAGACAUCUCCGGCAACCUCAACACUCUGGCUGACAGCAAUGCACGAGAAUUUGAAGAGGAGUCGAAGCAACCAGUGCUGUCUGAACAACAGAAACACCAACUCAAGCACAGAGAGCUCUUCUUGUCUCGACAGUUUGAAUCUCUACCUGCUACCCACAUACGAGGGAAAUGUAAUGUCACCCUCCUCAAUGAAACAGAUGUUUUGGUUGGCUACCUGGAGAAGGAGGAUUGUUUCUUCUACUCGUUGGUGUUCGACCCUCUCCAGAAGACUCUGUUGGCAGAUCAGGGCGAGAUCCGUGUGGGCUCCAAGUACCAGGCAGAGAUCCCUGACAAGCUAGCUGAGGGUGAAUCCGAUAACCGGAUGCAGGAGAAGCUGGAGACCAAGGUGUGGGACCCCAACAACCAGCUCAAAGACCCCCAGAUCGACCAGUUUCUGGUGGUGGCAAGAGCUGUGGGGACGUUUGCUCGGGCCCUGGACUGCAGCAGCUCCAUCCGCCAGCCCAGCCUCCAUAUGAGUGCAGCAGCAGCCUCCAGAGACAUCACACUGUUCCAUGCAAUGGACACGCUGCAGAAGAACAGCUAUGACCUGGCCAAAGCCAUGUCCACCCUCGUCCCUCAGGGAGGUCCAGUGCUCUGCCGUGAUGAGAUGGAGGAAUGGAGCGCCUCAGAGGCCAUGUUGUUUGAGGAGGCUCUGGAGAAAUACGGGAAAGACUUCAACGACAUUCGUCAGGACUUUUUACCCUGGAAGUCUCUAGCCAGUGUGGUCCAGUUCUACUACAUGUGGAAGACUACGGACCGCUACAUCCAACAGAAACGACUAAAGGCAGCAGAGGCAGAUAGCAAGCUGAAGCAGGUGUACAUCCCCACCUACACCAAACCCAACCCCAAUCAGAUCAUGGCUCCUGGAAGCAAGCCUGGCAUGAACGGGGCCACUGCCUUUCAGAAAGGACUCAGCUGUGAGAGCUGCCACACGGCCCAGUCUGCUCAGUGGUAUGCUUGGGGGCCUCCCAACAUGCAGUGCAGACUAUGCGCCUCCUGCUGGAUCUACUGGAAGAAGUAUGGGGGCCUGAAGACCCCCACACAGCUAGAGGGCGCUGCCAGGGGUGGCUCUGAGUCAGGCCCCCGUGGUCACAUGACACGCCAGGAGGUCCAGGGCCUGUCACCGUUCACCCGCAAUGAGGGUCGAGCUAAGCUGCUGGCUAAAAACCGCCAGACGUUCAUCCUGCAGACCACCAAGCUGACCCGCAUCGCUCGGCGGGUGUGUGAGGACAUCCUGCAGCCUCGCCGCGCUGCACGGCGACCCUACGCCUCCAUCAACUCCAACGCGGUCAAGGCCGAGUGUAUGAUCAGGCUUCCCAAAGCCACAAAAACACCUCUAAAGACCAAGGUGGUGCCUCGACCGUCACUGGCCACUAUAGUGAAGGAUUUAGCCAUCUCGGCUCCUCUGAAACUGAAGGCAUCCAGAGGACCCCCGACACCCAUCAACAGGAACCAGGCCAGCCAGCCUAGAGUGGGCCAAAGCCUCCUGGGAAAGAGGGGCUUUGACAGCGCUACAGGAGUGCCCUACCCAGCCAAUGGGAGGCCGUAUACUUCAGGUAUGAGGACCACCUCCCAGUCGGUCAUCAAGCGGCAGAAGGUCAGCCAGGGCGAAGCUCCCAACCCUGUGGUGUUUGUGGCUACAAAGGACACUAGGGCUCUGAGGAAACAUCUGACCCAGUCAGAGAUGCGUCGGGCAGCGAGAAAACCUCAUCUGCUGGUCCGGAUCAAGCUGCCGCCACCCCCUCGUUCCCUGGCCAUGCCCCUGCUCCCCUCCAGCACCAGCGAACCCAUCGUCCUGGAGGACUGAAGGGGACGAUGGAAGGGGCGGGGGUCUUUUAACAGGACACGGGGGUCGGGAGGGAGGGAGUUGGGGAGGGUCUGUGCUCAGGCUGUCAAAUACAGGCAGCACAGGACGCCAUACCAGUAGUUUUUUAUUUUCCCUCUUUUCAGUGUCAUUUUUCUGUAGUCCUCUGUUACUUCCCAAAGUUGUUGUGACACGCAAACACACACAAACACACACACACACACACACACACACACACACACACACACACACACAAGCACUUACGUGACUGUACAUUUCCAUCAUAAUAAACAAAUAGACACACAUCACCUCACUGAAACUCACUCAAUACCUUGGGCUUUGUAGUAUUUUAUUCCAAAUCCUGAUGAAUUACUUUUCUCCGCUUUUAAAUGCCGCCUGUUUUUUUUUGGUUUUUUUUUUUUUAAUGUGUAAUUUAAAUCAUAUUUCUCAUCCUGAAACAAUGGUGAUGAAGCACACUGUUUUUCCUCCCAUGUCGCUAUCUUUGUGUAAAUAUAUGCAUCAUUGAAGGGGUGUGUGCCCACUGUAUGUGAGGAGAAUGUGUGGGAGGAUGGCAAUGGGAGACUCAGUGUGGGACAGCUGUAACAGGCAGGAGAUCGAAUCUGAUCUGAGUUGUAGAUUUCACUCGUAUGAACUGACAACUGCCAGUCGGAGGCUGUGCACCGGCUCUUUUGUCAGGCUGGCAGAGCAGACUCCAGUGUUCGAUCCAUCUGCCAACAUUUAAGUUUUUAAUGAGCCUGUAACUCAUCGGCUCUUCCCAUCAUGCGCCAGGAGCCUGUUGCUGGUGUUCAAGCGGCUCCGGCCUCGCCCCGCUGGCUCAUCCCACCUGCAUCCUCCAUCUUGUGCAAGUCCUUCAGUGUCAAAAAAUAUUGAGUGGGCACGAAAACAAGUUGAGAAGUGUGAAAGUCUAGGUUUGAGAGUUUGCAGUGGCACGUGCGAGUACAGAACACAGCUGUAGACAAAGUGAGGACAGAAUGUAGAGUCUAUUACAGGUUUUGAGUUGGCAGGAGAUAGUGACAGUAUUUUAACAGCAGGAGCUUCUUUGCUCACAGCUUGAAGCUCCACUCAGACAGUGUUGUGGAAGUAGUGCCAGUGUCAGGACUGCAACUCACCAUCAUUUUCAUUAUCGAUGAUUCUGCUAAUUGAUUUUUACUGCUGAUCAAGUUAUCGAUCAGGUUAUUUCAACAGAGGGUCCUAACAGCCACACUUCCUGUCAAUGUUCACCAUUGAUGACAUGAAGCAUCCAAACUGACAGGUGGAAAAUUAGAGCCAGUUGAAUGAGAAUGCACAAACUGUGGUGGUUGUUGUGAUUUAUUUUUUCUUUUACUGAGUCGUGAUUUUACCAAUGUGGUUUUUCUACUGUUCGUAGAGCCUGAUGUUAAUCCUGGCUCAAAUUUGUUUGGUGCUCACUUGAUAAGUUUUGUGGCUAAUAAUCUUCCAUACUUGUGUGAACCUUCACAAGGCAUCACAGUGGUCAUUUUUGAAAGAAAGUGAACAUCUCCUGUCACUCGAUUGCCAGGCCUUUGGAGCCACCUUUAGACCGUUUGAAGAGAGAAGUACCCGGACUCCUGUUCUCUUCGCCUCACCCCGAGGAGUCUGAGCAGCCAGUCUGGAAUCAUUGUCUGUAGGAGGGAAGCGUGGUGUGUUUAAUGACAUUCAGAUGAUUGUGGUUACCAUGAAUUUGCACGAGUUACUGUGUGACUUGCGAUGCUGAGAGAACACGUUUGGCUUUGAGGUACUAUGUUUGAGUCCAAAGUGAAGCCAUAAUGUUGGAAAAAGGUUGAUGUUCUCACCCUGAGCUAAUGUUGGACUUUAGCCACAGCAUUUCUGAAAAUGUAGUGUUUUAAUUGGUUUGAAUGAAACCGUCGCAGUUAUGUUACUGACCAGUUGAUGAAAGUCUGUUUAAUAAAGCGCAAUAUGUAAAUGUUUGGAAGACAAUUAGGGCCAAAAAUUUGUUCUUAAAAAAUAAUUUUUAAAAAAGCAAAGUGAGUGAGGUUGAAUGCGUACUUUUUCUCCAGAUAUUAAUUAAUUGAUUCAGAAUUUGUUUUCCCCCCAUGGCCUUAAUCUUCUGUAAAUGUUUGAUGAUGCGAAGCAGAAGUGAUGUUUCUGAUUGUGAUUGGGUAUGAUGAUGAAAGGAGCUGUGUCAACUUGUGCUUUAAUUUGCUUUGUUUGUUUUAGUUCCCCCUGUCUGUACCAUUAUGAAAGGGUAAAUACUAAAAGUAAGAUGUUAAUUGGAUAAUUAUAACUCCUUUGUGUUCCUUAGCCUCAAAACAGCGAGGGGCUACUCUGGUUUUAUAAGCAAGUCUGGUCCCAAUGUGGGCUUUGUAAUAUUUCUCCCCCCCAAAAAAAGAAGAACUGAAGUGUUGACUCUGUAGCAAAUACUAAUCAUUGUAAAGAAAAGUGGAAAACUGGCAUAUUGGAAACUUUUUUUUACAGCUAAAAUGUGUAUUUUCUCCAUUAUUGUGGAGAUGGCUCUAAUAGGCUACUGUACAUGUGAAACAUUGCUCUCCUUCAUUGGGUGGGGGUGGGGGUGGGGGCUGGUCAUUUGAACCUAGGGCAACAUUCAAAAGGGACAGGGUGUGGAUUUUUGUAUGGCGGAGAGACAAACAUGUUAAAAUUAAAAGUUUUUCUCAAGUGUUUUUUAUUCCAAUGUCUCUGUAUCCUUUAAUGUAUCUUGAUAAGAAAAGAAAUAAAGAUUUUUUUUUUCUUUGUGGUCA